CUCCUCCCCGCCCUGCGCCCGCCGCCCGCGGGUCGGCGCCCGCAGCUCGGAGCGGCGCCGGAGUAGGAGCUGGAGCCGCCGCCGGAAACCGGCCGGAGUCGGGCCCGGGGGUGAAGCUUGAUCCCGGCGGCGCCCGGAGCGGGUCCCGAGCCCCGCGCGGCUCAUGGCGGGGCCGCGGGGCGCGCUGCUGGCCUGGUGCCGCCGCCAAUGCGAGGGCUACCGCGGCGUGGACAUCCGCGACCUGAGCAGCUCCUUCCGGGACGGCCUGGCCUUCUGCGCCAUCCUGCACCGGCACCGGCCCGACCUGCUAGAUUUUGAUUCGCUUUCCAAGGACAAUGUCUUCGAGAAUAACCGUUUGGCCUUUGAAGUGGCUGAGAAGGAGCUGGGGAUCCCCGCUCUCCUGGACCCCAAUGACAUGGUCUCCAUGAGUGUCCCUGACUGCCUCAGCAUCAUGACCUACGUGUCCCAGUAUUACAACCACUUCGCCAGCCCUGGCCAAGCUGGUGUCUCAUCACCUAGAAAGGCCCAGGCACCCUCCUCCCCGCCAUCCGAAGCACCUACUCUGGCAGAACCAGAAGACAGGGCUCAGGGCGAGGAACUGUUGUCGGGCAGCCUGUCGGAGCAGGGCGCCCGGCAGACCCCCAGCAGCACGUGUGCCGCCUGCCAGCAGCACGUGCACCUGGUCCAGCGCUACCUGGCCGAGGGCAAGCUGUACCACCGCCACUGCUUCCGGUGUCGGCAGUGCUCCAGCACCCUGCUCCCCGGAGCUUACAGAAGUGGGCCUGAGGAAGGCACCUUUGUGUGCGCGGAGCACUGUGCCAGGCUGGGCCCGGGGGGGCGGUCGGGGGCCAAGGCCGGGCCCCAUCUGCAGCCAAAGCAGCAGGAACUUGCAGAAGAAGUCAGGGAUGUGGACGGAGGCGGCACGGGUGCUAGUGCGCCCGCAGAGGCUGAGGUGGCUGUCCCCAAGGCCAGCCCCGAGGCCCGGCCCCAGAUCCCCACCAAGCCCCGGCUUCCAAGCAAACCACAGGAACUGGGCAGCUUCCCGGCCGGCCGCCCCACGCCUGCCCCGAGGAAGGCCCCCGAGAGCCCAGCCCUGACACCCCCCACGCCCCGGCCCCGGUCCAGUCUGCAGCACGAGAAUUUGGCCGAGCAGGGUGGCAACAGUGGCCUAGUAAAUGGAAGGCUGCACGAACCCCCUGUCCCCAAGCCGAGAGGGACGCCCAAGCUGUCAGAGAGGACACCAGCCCCCAGGAAAGACCCCCCAUGGAUCACACUGGUGCAGGCAGAGCCAAAGAAGAAGCCAGCCCCCCUCCCCCCGAGCAGCAGCCCCGGCCCUCCGAGCCGGGACGGCAGGCAGGUGGAGAAUGGAGGCGUGGAGGAGGCGGCCCAGCAGAGCCAGGUGACAGGUGGCCCGGAGCCCAAGCCCUACAACCCCUUUGAGGAGGAGGAGGAGGAGGACCCGCCAGCUGCACCCAGCCUGGCCGCUGGCCCUGCCCUGGCCCACUCGGCUGAGUCCACACCCAAGUCCCUGCACCCCUGGUAUGGCAUCACCCCCACCAACAGCCCCAAGACAAAGAAGCGCCCUGCCCCCCGCGCGCCCAGUGCGUCCCCACUUGCUCUGCACACUGCCCGCCUGUCACACUCAGAGCCGCCCUCGGCAGCCCCGUCGCCAGCCCUCAGUGUGGAGAGCCUGUCCUCCGAGAGCUCCAGCCGGACCCCCUCUGGGGAGCUUCUGGAACCCCCAGUUGUGCCCAAGAGCUCCUCAGAGCCUGCAGUCCAUGCCCCUGGCACCCCUGGGACCUCUGCCAGCCUCUCUGCCGGCUCCUCCUCCCUGUCCUCCUCUGGGGAACUGGUGCAGCCCAGCGCAGACCAGACACCUCAGGCCAGCCCUGGCCUUGCCCCCGGUACUAGGGGCAGCCCGGCUCCCCAGCCAGCCAAGCCCUGCAGUGGCGCUGCCCCCACCCCUCUCUUACUGGUUGGAGACAAGAGCCCCGUGCCUUGCCCUGGAACCUCGUCCCCGCAGCUCCAAGUAAAGUCUUCUUGCAAGGAGAACCCUUUUAACCGGAAGGCGUCACCCACAGCAUCCCCAACCACAAAGAAGACCACCAAGGGAUCCAAGCCAGCCAGACCACCUGCCCCAGGACACGGCUUCCCCCUCAUCAAGCGCAAGGUCCAGGCCGACCAGUACAUCCCCGAGGAGGACAUCCAUGGAGAGAUGGACAUGAUCGAGCGUCAGCUGGAUGCCCUGGAACACCGUGGGGUCCUGCUGGAGGAGAAGCUGCGUGGCGGCGUGACCGAGGGCCGUGAGGACGACAUGCUGGUGGACUGGUUCAAGCUCAUCCACGAGAAGCAUCUGCUGGUGCGGCGGGAGUCAGAGCUCAUCUAUGUUUUCAAGCAGCAGAACCUGGAGCAGCGCCAGGCGGAUGUAGAGUAUGAGCUCCGGUGUCUUCUCAACAAGCCAGAAAAGGACUGGACAGAGGAGGACCGGGGCCGAGAGAAGGUGCUGAUGCGGGAGCUCAUGGCCCUCAUCGAGCAGCGCAACGCCAUCGUCAACUGCCUAGAUGAGGACCGGCAGAGGGAGGAGGAGGAAGACAAGAUGUUGGAAGCCAUGAUCAGGAGGAAAGAGUUCCAGAAGGAGGCUGAACCCGAGGGCAAGAAGAAGGGGAAGUUCAAGACCAUGAAGGUGCUGAAGCUGCUAGGAAACAAGCGGGAUACCAAGAGCAAGUCCCCAGGGGACAAGAGCUAACAGCAAGGGCAACCAGCUGGGACUUCC